AAAGAAGUUUUGGUACGACAGCCCUACCCUGGGAUCUGCAGCGAUGUAUAAACCAGCCAAGUUGGCCUCGGUAAGGAAAGAAGACUGGAUGAAAACUAGAAAAGAAGAUAACAUACGCUGCAGAGUCUUGAAUGGUCUUCUUCAUAAAGCUGUGACAGAGAUGAUGGCUACCUGUGAAGUUAACCAAGAGCUUUAUGACCUCAAGCUGGAAAUCUGCAAGGUGUCCCUGGCAUCAAACUUUUCAGCGUGUCGUGUGUACUGGAAUCCUGCUGCUACUGCGGAGAAAGAAAGUUACGUGGAAGGCGUGCUGCAGAGGAGCGCUCCCCGUAUACGGUAUCUUCUGAAGAGUCAGCAGAUUGUAGGAAAUGUACCCCCGAUAAUAUUUAUCAAAGACAAAGAAGCUGCAGCUGUGAAAGAGAUUGAGGAGUUGCUGUCAAUUGCUGAUUUUGGACCUCCAGAAGAAGAAGAAAUAUUAUCUCAAGAUGAUUCUAGUAAACUGCUCUCUUCGGGAACUCAGUCUGCAGAUUCACCGAUGCGGUCUAACCUGUUUGGUAUCGAUCAUGAACUGCUGAAUAAGCAGAUAAUGGACUACAAAAGACUGAAAGUGUCAAGAGAUACAGAAAGCAUUGCCUGGACAGAAGAACAGCAGCAGCAGCUUUCUAAGAUUCAAAAGAAAAAGAAUAAGAAAAAAACAAGGAAUCCUCCUGAUGAUGACAUUACCCCACAGACAUACUUGCUGGACAGAUACAAAGCUGAGUACUGGGAUGACAACACUGGGUCGGGCUCGGGCUGUGAGCUGGAGGAUGAAUUACAGGAUGAGGUCAAUGAAUUGGAGGCGGGUGAUAGCAGAACUCUAAGUCAGCCUCCUGCUAAACUGGAAUGA